CCAGAAUGCCGGCGCAACUCUAUGCGCGGUGGGUACCCCCCAAACCAGUAUCAAAGGGGUCGCCCAUCUCUAUACCGAACCUAUUGUCAAAGCAUAACAUCACCAAUGUGAGCCCCCCCGCCAGUGAGCAAAGGACUGCACUGGAAGUCGAGUCCAACGAGUCUCCGAAGUCAGGCAAGAAACACAGCAAGAAACGGAAGAGGGAAGGGGAGAUUCAUGGGAAUGCUGGGCUGGAAGACGACACUACGUCUAAGAAGCACAAAAGUAUAUUCUCUAAAUUUGAGAAAUCAUCCAAAAUAUCCGACGCUGCUCGAGGUAGUGUGCACGAUGAGCCAGAAUUAUAUCACUCAGAAGAUCACCCUCCGGAGGAACUCCACGACUUGAUUCCUCUUCCUCAGCCUGCCCCCGUCCCUGAAGUUCCCUUUGAACCCACUUUCUCGAUAUUACCCAGUUGGCUUGCAAACCCAAUUACUGUCGAUUCAGCGCAUACAGUUCCAUUUGCCAAGCUCGGAGUACACCAGGCUUUCGUCAAAAAACUUGAAAAGCAGGGCAUGAAGGACGCACUGGCUGUACAGUCUGUUUUGCUCCCCAUGUUACAUCCUGGGCUUGAUCAGCAUUUGGGCGACAUCUGCGUUUCCGCUAGAACUGGAUCUGGAAAAACACUUGCUUACAUGCUUCCAGUUGUGGAGGCUUUGAAGGAUCGCGUAGUGACUGCAUUAUCUGCACUCGUUGUUGUUCCUACGCGACAGCUGGUCGACCAAGCACGAAUGGUCGCCGAGGAGCUUUGCGCGGGUACGAAACUUAAAGUUGGAACUGCUGUUGGGAACGUGCCAUUUUUGGCUGAGCAAAAGUUACUAGUCAAACGGAGCGCCAAGUACAACCCAAAACUAGCAAAGGAUUUGCACGAAAGAUCUUCUGACCAAGCGCGGACUGGAUUUGUCGAAAGAGGCGGAAUUCUCGAUGACUUUAUGGAUAUGCCCACCGACCACGUCCCUCACUAUGAGUCUCGCGUCGAUAUAUUGAUAUGUACUCCUGGUCGUCUUGUGGAGCAUAUCGAAUCAACAACUGGCUUUUCGCUCCGAUCUAUGCGAUGGGUAGUGAUAGACGAAGCAGAUCAACUGUUGAAUCAGAAUUUCCAGGGUUGGGCGACCACUCUAAUAGGCGCUCUACACUGCGAGACCCCGGUAGACUUCAUCAAUGCCCAGGAAAGAAUAUGCAAAAACAGAGGUUGGCCAACCAGGAACGAUGCUAUAAAGAUUGUUCUAAGCGCGACAAUGAAAAAAGAUCUGACGAAGCUAGGCAGUCUAAGAUUCAAAAGGCCAAAACUAGUGGUAGUUCAAGAUGACGCAGGCGAUGAACAACCGCCAUUGGCAGCGGACAGCGAUGUUUUUGAUCUCCCUUCUUCCCUUUCCGAAUUUGCGGUUCCAGUCGGUAGCGGGUCGGAAAAACCACUUUACCUACUUUAUCUUCUUCAACGACAUAUCUUCGUGGGCGAAAGCCUACCUCUACCGACAAUGAGCUCAAGGAAGAAGAAUAAGGAAGACCGCGGGUCAUCCGAUACAUCGAGCGAAGAUGGUUCUUUUUCGGACGAUUUUAAUGAAGAAACACGAUCAAAUAUAGUUUCAGAGAAGACAACCCUGAAAGAUUCUAGGAGUCGCGUUCUGGUGUUCACAAACAGCAACGAGAGCGCGUCCAGGCUAUCCCACUUGCUUUCCGUUCUUCACCCACCUCUCAAGGAUGUCUUGGAUAUAUUAGAUCGAUCAGCGACCUCCAAGAAAUCGAAAAGGCUGCUCGAAGCCUUCGGCCAAGGCAAGAUUAAGAUUCUCAUCGCGUCCGAUCUAGCCUCUAGAGGACUGGAUAUCCUGAAUCUUUCACAUGUUAUAAACUACGACAUUCCGUCAAGUAUUACGAGCUAUGUUCACCGAGUUGGGCGAACUGCGCGCGCAGGCAAAAAAGGCCAAGCAUGGACAUUCUUCACCAAGACCGAGGCCGGGUGGUUCUUAAACCAGGUUGCAAAGGACGGUGCAAUUAAGAGAAGUACUAAGAAGAUUCAAAGAGUUGAAUGGAAUGCUAGAACUGUCACAUGGAACAAGAGGAGGACGUAUGAAAAGGCGUUAGAGGAGUUACAAGCAGCUGUGGAAGGAAAUACGGACUGUUCCGAGUAAUGGUACCCAUUCCAUAGAGUGAAUGGGCUCUCACUUAUAGUAAGUUGUCCGCGAGUAGAUAGUAGGCGCCAUG